GCUAUAGAAUUGAUUGGAUCUGGUUCCUUUGGUGAAGUUUAUAAAGCUAGACACAAAUAUACAACGAAAAGUUACGCUAUUAAAAUCACUGAAUUACGUCCAGCAGCAAUUAAAGAAUUGCAAAUGCUUGCCCAAAGUAUAUACGUGGUAAAAUUGGAAUCAUUUUGGUCAGAAAAUGAUAAUAUUUUCAUUCAAAUGGAAUAUUGUCACGAAAAUCUUAAAAAUAUGCUUGAUAUUCGACAUGCCGCAUUUAAUCGGGAACAAUCUGAAUUAAUGAGCACAAUCGAGUAUUACAUGUUCUCGCAACUAUUUUUGGAGUUAAUCGAGGCAGUUAACUAUUUGAAUAAAAUGAACCUGGCUGUUAUACACCGUGACAUAUAUUAUUAUUAUACGAUAGUAUUAUUUCGAGACGUUUUAUUAAGCUUGGUGAUUUUGGACUUUCAACGUAUCAUGCAAGUAGCCAAGAACAUACGGAGGGUGUUGGUGCCCCGGCUUAUACUCCCUAUGAAGUUUAUA